UGGGCGAAAGCCGCAGCAAAGCAUCAAGUGGGGGAAAGGAAAGCGGAGGAGCAACAGUGGCAAGGCUACGCGCCAGGCGCUACAGCGUUGCCGGACCCGUGGCCGACACAACAGGAAAGCACCCUGCAGCUGCCGUUUCCGGUAGGGGAGAUUUCGUCGCUCGGCAUCGGUGACGCGACACGAUCGAGCGUGGGCUGCAACGACGGUCGUG